AUGGCUCGAAGAGUCGCGCAGUACCUCGUCUCCAGCCCGCCCUGCUUCGAGGGCGCCACUGCAGCCGCUGCUGCCGCGUAUCAGCGCGACGGCGCGGUCUGCAUACGCGGAGCGCUACGAGGCUGGGUCGACGCCGUGGCAAGCGGCAUCGCGCGGAACCUCGCCUCUCCAGGGCCGCACUUUGAGUCGCUGCCGCUGGGAGCCACGAGCGCUCGCUUCAUGAACGAUUACUGCAACUGGCGACGCAUCCCGGAGUACGAGAGCUUUGUGCGCGAGUCGCCCGCAAAGGCGUUGGCGCGUGCGGUGAUGGCGAGCGAGAGGAGCAUCUUUUAUCACGAGCACGUCCUGGUCAAGGAGCCGCUCGCCGCCUCCCCCACGCCAUGGCACCACGACCAGCCCUACUACCCGAUCGACGGCGACCAGCUGCUCUCGCUCUGGUUCCCAGUCGACCCAGUGCCGCUCGACGCGACGCUGCUCUUUGUGCGCGGCUCGCACAGGCACGGCUACUACGCGCCUCGCAAGUUCGAGACGCAGCGCAACUACGACGGCAGCGACGAGCUUCCCACGAUGCCCGCCAUCGCAGACGCGCCGCACGAGCACGAGCUGCUCGGCUGGCAGCUGCAGCCCGGCGAUUGCGUCCUCUUCUCCGGGAAGACGCUGCACGGCGCGGUGGGCAACGCCUCGGAGAGUAGGAGCCGCCGCGUGCUCACGACACGCUGGAUGGGCGACGACGCGCGCUUCGCUCCCCGCCGGUGGGAGAUCAGCCCGCCGUACACGGGCGGGCUGCAGGCGGGCGACCCGAUGGAAUGUGGUCUCUUUCCUCGGUUGCUAUGA